UUUUGCUGACACAGGAUGAAGAACUGCAUCACGGCCACCAUGCCUGCAACCUCCCGUAACAGGACAUACCUGUACACCCAGGAUUCAUCCGGCGGACUGCAGAGGAGAAAAUACAAGCGGUAUUGCAAGCCGCGCAGCACGUAUUUGGGUCUGAUUGCUAAUGCUAUUCAAGGGUCACCGAGUAAGAGACUCACCUUCUGCCAGAUAAUGGACAAGCUACAGACGGUCAUAUCGGGGGACAGAAAAGGACUUCAAAAUAAUAUCAGAGUCUGUCUGACGUCCAGCGAUUGCUUUCUUAAGGUUCCUGUGAAUCCAGAAAGUCCAAAUCCGCGAAAAAAUUUCUGGAGAAUUGAUGAAAGCCGGAUCACCCCACAAAUGCUGCGACGGCACUUCAAGGGCAUGGAGCACAUCUUCCCAGAUCUGGCAUCUAGAUCAAUGCGAGAUGCAGAGACCGGCGGAGAGAACCAUGUUACCGCCCCGGUGAUGGACAGCUCCGGCCGGGAGAACUGCGCAGUCAAGUUCAGCGGCCCGUUUUCUAUCGAGUCGCUCUUGAGAAAAGACAAUUCAUGCAGUGUAGGCAAAGUGCAGCCCAUUUCGCACGGAUCACCGCAGAAAGUUGGUCAGGAAUUGCUACACACGAAGAGGAGGAAUGCUACGAAAAGGAAAUGCAGUUGGGACACACGUGUGCAUGACUUGUGGGACACCGGACGUGGACACUGCGUGCAGGCGAACUUUGCAGGAGAUCACGGUUACACCGCGAUCUACUCCGAUAAUACCGCCAUGCCCAGAAAGAGAGCUUGUUUCUCUGCAGAUUUGCCUUUUCCUUACUAUCCUUUACUCAAUAUACCUUUCCAGUUGAACGAGUCGUGGAAUUUAGUUAAAGUAUCUCCCUACUAUACGCAUCAAUUUAGGUUAUAGGUGAAAUGCGAUAGAUAACGUUACGCACUUUAUACUAAAAUGAAGUCGCCAUGGAUGCAUACAUUGUGAA